AUGUCAUGCCGUUUUCUAACUCGUCUAAAUCAUCGGCUAGCACGAUUUGGUGACUUUUUCGUGGAAUAUGGAGGAUGUAUAUUUCUGAUAUUCAUGAUCAUAUCAGUCUACUACGUCGGUGUGACUGUCUCCUGUAGUGCCUAUGAGUCUUCUGAACACUGCUACCUCGUAACUUACAUUGGGAUUCUUAUUAUCGCAGAAAUCGUUGUGAAUUUAGUACUGUUCCAGUACUACUCACGACACAACUGUGUAUCUCACUGGCAGCGACAAUCAUGUGUGGCGGGAUUAUUUAGGAACGCAAUUUCCAUAGACGAACUGAGUUUGAUGGCUGAGGAGGAAGGAGAAUUCGACCCUGCUUAUUUGUCAAGGUUCUGUACUGUGUGUAACCGUGAGGCUCCCAUAAGAAGUCAUCAUUGUCCAAUCUGUAAAAUUUGUGUUCUUCGGAAAGAUCACCAUUGUUUCAUUACUGGUGCUUGCGUUGGACUAGGAAAUCAGCGCUAUUUUAUCAUUUUCUUGUUCUGGGCAUGUAUAGGAUUAUUGCUUGGAGCUCGCUAUAUAGCCGUGUAUUUAUAUCACAUCUCUACUGCUGGCUUUCCCCUUGGAUUUCUAUACUGCAUUGGACCAAUUGCUGUUGUUCGUUGGAUAGCCGGUUACACCAAUUUCCUCCACGCAUUUGUAUGUACUACAUUUUCAUUUAUCCUUGCGAGCCUUGUGGCUUCUGGAGCAUUUUUUGGGAUGCAGAUAUAUUAUACAUGUUAUGGUUACACAAUGUAUGAAUAUCACAGUAGCGUCCGAUACGCUUUCGAUGGUGAUGGAACUAACAUUGGAGAGCGAUUCCGUCUAAUUUUCGGACGUCACUGGCCCCUCAAUUUCUUAUUCCCACAAUUCUGGAACGCCCAAGUGCUAACCACCCAAAUUGCCACCAAUUUAUUCCGUGUCAGAAGCCGUCAUAUUGCAAUCGCAACAGUAUCUGUGGUAGUCUUUGUGCUCAACGACCGUUACACUGUUGAUUACCGACUGAUACAUUGCUCAAGCAAUGUUAGGCCGACCUGUUCCGCCGCUUGCCUCAACAACAAACACCAAUCCAGCAAUCUUCCGAUUAUUGAGAUGACUACUCGUGAAAGAUCUUCUUCGUCGUUGUCACUCCUCUCAGACGUAUCUCAAGAGUCAUCCGAUGAAUUAAAACGUCAGCGUUAUGGAAGUGCAUCGUUCACCGAUGAUUCGUAUAAUUCACCACUUUCGAAUGGCUCGGAUUUUUCAUCUAGUGAGUUUCUUUCAUCAUGUGGGAGUAGCUGUCGUGGUCGCUUGCUAAUAGGAGGAAAGAAGCGAGAAAAACUUGAACCAUUGGUCAAUAAUUCGGUAAUUGGUGACUAUCGGAUCGUUGGUGCCGGAAAAGACUCGAGAGCUGUGCACCUUCCUACAAACAAAGUAGUAAACUGUCAGGUUUUAACAUCACAAGAGGCUCACGUAGUUUCCCAACUAGUAGCUCGCCUUGAUGAAGCCGAGAAAUACUACAGAGGACCUGAUAUCAAUGAAUUGAGAGAUCUUGUGAUGCCACCAGAAUGUGAGGUAGUUGAAGAGAUGAGUGGUCGUGUUGUAAUGUUUGUACCAUUGCACGAAUGUUCCUUACAUGCCUACGCUCAAAAGAAAGGUUUUCAAAUGACAGAAGCAGAUGUGGAGCCAGUUUUUAAGCAGAUUGUGCGUAUUCUUGCAUUUUGUCAUGCCCUGGGAAUAAUCGUUCGUAAUCUAAAACCACGCAAGCUCGUAUUCGAUCAGCAGAAUCGUAUACGUCUUGAAAAUGUUCUGGAUUGUAUCGUUUGCGAUGAUCCCGCGGAUGACCGCAUGGUCGAUAAGUACUGCACUCCGGCUUUUGCUGCUCCAGAGGUAGUGAAUCGUGCUUCGAAUUUUUCUGGAAAGGCCUGUGACGUUUGGAGUCUUGGGAUACUGUUGUAUCUGCUUCUGCUUGGUCGCUAUCCUUUUUACGACGAAACACCGGCUGGUGUGUUUUCAAAAAUUCGAGUCGCGAAAGUGGUGCUGCCUCCUGAUGUGCAUUUGAGUGCAGGCGCUCGUGCACUAAUAUUCGGCUUAUUGCGGCGUGAUCCUGAUGAGCGUCCAACAACCGCAGAGCUACGAUUCACGAAAUGGGUUUGCCCGCCAAAAGUGCCUUGCAGAAGGAGGCCGACUGAUCCAAGAAUUAGCCCUGCACUUCAUAUGCGUAUUGCUUUAGCGCAGAACUUACUGGAGGAGAUGACCGAACCAUUUGUUCGAGUGCCCUGUUACCCUCCUCGUUCUCGAUCGUUGGGUCGAGCGAGUGCUCUGGCUGCUCCGUCGUCAUCUUCAAUGUCUCCAUCAACGUCAAGAUCUUUUCCGUCGCCAUCGGUGUUGAACGCAUUCGGCGCUCCGCGAUACCGAGGGCAAGCACUAUCACAAUUCCACCGCGGGAUGUCUCGAAGAUACACAACGCCGAAGGAGUAUGCUGAAGCCCAAAAUGAAUUAGGUAGUUGCAUGCCAGAAUUUCGAGGAACUCUUCGUCGAGCUAUCACUUUUGGUGUAUUGAUCGGUGUACCGUUCGGCAUCUACGUGGGAUAUAUGCAACACGGUCGCAAUCUGCGUGCAUUUGCCGGUAAAUCACUGGCAACUUGGACGGCGACAACGAUGACAUUCGGAGCUAUAGGUCUCAUGGCAGGAACAUACAAUUGUUUACGAGUCCAAAUGUAA